AUGCGCCCUGUUCUAUGCCAACUGGGAUGCUGGGUAACUCGUGAAGGUGCUGACAACGCCACGGUGAUAGUUCGGCCAAAAGCUGCGAAGUCCAAGGACGUCCCCUUGUGUUUGUCUGACCCUCCUUCCGCCCCCCUCCCCCAUUUCCACGAGGAAACGAGUGCUCUCAUUAGGGGUGAUUUCUGGGUUAUAUACAAGCUCCCUCGCGUAAAAGCCAAGGCUCUGAAGAGGGCUCGACGGUCGGCAUCCCGGGCAGUACACCUGGAACAGAAGGAUACUAGCUCACCGAAGAGCGGAGGAAGACGAGCCGCCGCAACCGUAGUCGACCACCGCUCCCGCCCUAUUCCUAUCCCCAUCCGCACCAGCAGCCGCAACCAGCACAGCAAACCCCUUCAGAUCCAGAGCCCGCGCGUCUCAACCGUGCCCAUCUCGCCCUUCCCACCCCUUUCACCACUCCCAUCACCCAUCUCAACCCCAACCCAAAGCCCACCUCAAACUCCCAUCAACCCCAACAGCAACAACCCCGACAACAACAGCCCCAGCCCCAACCCCGACCCCAUCUACUCCCUAGCGCACCUCGCCGGCGGCCGAUACCACUACACGUCGCCCGAAGCCCAAACCAUCUUCGCCGCCGUCGUCGAGCACUACAACAGCGCGGACCGGGCCCGGGCCCAGCUCGCAGCCACACCCUCCCUGACCCCUACGGGCGGCUCGCUGCUCGCAUUCUUCCUGCUGGGUAGCGGCGGUCUACACGACCCGCUGAGCCGGGGGGAGGCGCGGCGGGUGUUCCGGGCGUCGGCUCCCGCGCUGGCGGAUCUGGUGGAUGAGGUGGUUGACUGGACGGGGGUGGAGGAGGAGGAGGAUGAGGCUUGA